CCCAAAUCAAUCCCACAAUCCCCACACCUGCAGUAUAUCCAUUUGAAAGGUUCGAACGCUGAAACAGCAGCGAACGUUCAGCAAAAAAAAAAACCUGGCCUGUUUUUCCACAUUUUGGACGUUACAUUCCGAAAGAGAAUAUACAUGUCUCUUGACUAAAUACCCGGAGUCCCCAAGUUGUGACAAGUGAUAUACUUUUCUGUCAAGAGUGAAGAAGGAAAAAGUCCAAUGUCCUCAUGUGAUUUCACCUGCAUCUUUCUGCCACAAAGAUCAUGAAGCAGGUGGAUAAUAUAAAUAAGGACAAAUUAGAUACGGAAAGCUUCCAAGUGCAUUACAGAGUACACAGUCCCAGCAAAGCAAAGAAGUCCUUACCUUGCAAGAGGAGGAGUUGUCUGUUCCCGGAGGUGGGCUCGAAGCUGCACCGUAAAACGUUAAAUGUUGGCCGUGCCCGCCACCCCGGCAUGGCCAACAAAGAAAACGAGGUGACGUGCUCUGAUGUGCGGGGCAAUCACUAUAAAGAUAACUGCGGGCCCCCCGUGAGCACUGCAGAGGCCUCAAAGAUGGCAGGGGCCAGCUCCAAGUACAGUGACUUUACUGAAUUAUCGAAAGACCAUGAAGCGAUGACUCACAUCCUCUUUGGAAGGAAUCUUCGACUUAAAGUGGCCCUAACGUUAUGGCGAAGAAACACCAAUGAACUAGUGGCUUAUCUAAUUAGAAUUGAAGAUACAGGAGUGCUGCUUGACCUGUUACCUGUCAUAACCAAUGACCUUCAAACUGAAGCACCGUGUUUUUCACUCGGUUGCUGCGUUGACCUCAUUCCCCAAAUAAAAGUGGUUCUUUCCAGUAAAUAUGAAGAGCAUAUCCUUGUGGGUUUACACUGGGUUCAGUCCGUCAUCAAGAAAUGGUGGCCAGAACUUUCAAAGACAGAGAAAAGACUGCGGGACAGUUUGGACAACAGGAACAUUGAAGUCUUAAAGCAACAACUGAAGGACUUGUGGAAGGAUGGGGCCAGGCUUUGUCUAGUUCCAGGUUCUGCUGGUGACCUAGCAAAGGGCGUCGAGGCUUACGUCCUGCAGCUGCGCUGACAAUGUCACUGUAGCAACCCCAGAGGAAGUGACCACUACUCCUGGAUCACGGCUGUACGGACUUUUAUACGGAUGAUGAAAUCUGAGAUAUGGACUUGGAUGAUGUUUUUGCUACUCAGACCUCCAAACUGCAACUGACACUUAAAAAAAACAACUUACAGCAGGAGACACGUGAGCAGGCCCGGGGAGCACGUUUCUGCCGAAGAAUGCUUCACAUUGAAGUGGACCGUCUCAGGAAAGGGACCAUGGACCGCCAUGAGAGUUGUCUUUCCCUACACUGCUUGAUGCCACGGAAUGCAAAUGCACUUGUGGAUUUUAUGAAUGGCCCGCUGUUUGGAUGUUUUUUUUUUUUUUAACCUGCAUUCAAUGGAAUCGGGAACUUGAAUUUGCAUCAGUCUUAAGUUAUUGUGCGCAUCUUGUGUCUCCAUGUGUCAUUUUGGCUCCAUGUAAAAAGUUAUUCUUUUAAUCGUUUAAUAAAUUUGAUAAACGUUUAAA